AUGGCUAAGAACACAGUGUUCCUUGGGCUGCUGCAGCUGCUGCCCCUGCUCCUACCGCCUUCCCUCCGUGAUUAUCUUUGGGCUGCGCCGAGUGACCACGACAUGGAUCAGCAGCUCGAAGUCUAUCAUCCCAUAAUCUUGCAAGGCGGCUUCAGCUGCUCGGUCCUGGAAGCUCGGCUCACCGACGCCUACACUCCGUCCCUACCGCACUGCGGCGCGCUCAAGGGGAAGGGGUGGUUCCCGCUGUGGAACAACACAUCGGACGUGGUCGACCACGACUACAUGCCAUGCUUCGAGGAGCAGAUGAGCCUUGUUUUCGACCCUGCCAUCAACGACUACCGGAACCAGCCUGGCGUCGAGACUCGCGUGGCAAACUUCGGCUCCGUAUAUGGAUUCUCCUACAAAGACGAGAGCUGUCCAUUUUGUUGUAAUGUAAAGAUCCGCAAUGAACUGGAAGCACUUGGAUAUCAAGAUGGAGUUACCCUUUUUGGGGCACCUUAUGACAUACGAUACGCUCCGCCACAGCCUGGCCAGUGUUCCAAGGUGUACUCGGACUACUUUGCUCGUGUCAAGGAUUUGGUGCAGCAUGCAAGUGAGAAGAAUGCCAACAAGCCGGUUAUCUUCAGGGUGCUUCCCACUAAUAUGAGAGUUGAGGCGCCAAUGGUGCCAACCACAUACCUCAAUGGUGUUGGCAUUCAAACGACGAAGCAGGUGGUAUACUGGGAUGGCAACUUUGAUGUCUCCCCUGAAAAUGUGUAUGGCAAUGGAGAUGGGGUUGUCAACUGGAUUAGCGUGUUGGCAUUCGCCAAGGAACUGAAAAGGCAACAUUAUUCAGAGAACAUAUUCUUUAAGUUCGUCAAGAUUCCUAAUGCUACUCAUGGUGAUAUUACUAUUCAAGACAAUUCGCUCAAGAUAGUUAUGGCUGAAAUUUUAGAAGCCAAUUCUUGA